AUGGAGUCACGCGUGCGGCGACGAGGCCUUCACGUGCCUGGCGAUGCAGGAAAGGAGUUCGAACGUAAUGGAGUUUCAGAUCAGUCCCGACGUGAAGACCAGCUACGAAGUGGGCCUGUGUUCCUCCCCGCCUCGCUCACCUGGGCCGCCUGGGUGACUCAAGGCCGUGUCGACAGGUUUAAGCAGUCGCCUUGUCCUGUGGCAGGUGAAUACACAGGAGUUAUACCAGAUGCGACGGUACUCUGCGCCAAGUUAUAUUCUGACUGCAACAACCCCGAGAUUAUGUUCUACACGGUGUUCUCGUGUUAUAACCGCUCCGAAGUUAUUGAAGAACGCGAGUACAGGUGCCUCGGCCAGUGGAGCGAGACCACGGUGACUUACACCUACACAGAACGGCGAGACCAAGCAGGCUACGAGUGCUUUGCGGGCGUGGUGGUCAGCGACGGGGAAAUCUACAUCAUGGAGGCCGGGGUCAACUGCCAGAGGGGGCUGGAGGCGCUGUCGUACGGGAUGAAGUUGGUGAAGCAAGCGCCCUGCCUGAACGACGCCGCCAUGGCCCCACGCCCGUACACGCCCCCGCCCACCCACACGCCCUGGUGGAACGGCACCCGCAACCCAUGGACCAAGAAGGCCUCCUCCACCACGCCCAAACCCGCGUGGAAAGACACACCAAAGGGCGGCGUGUCUCCUCGUGCCCCGACGCCCAUUCUCAUCCCCAUGGGCGUGCUGGUCGUGCUCUUGACCUUCUGCCGAGUGUGGGCGUAGGUGGAGCUCGUGACGUCACUGGAGAUUCAUUUUUUUUUUUCGAAGCAGACCGAAAAUUUUUAGUCGUGUUGCUCCGCCCACUCCUCUCGCCUGACGUAAAAUGCAUUAUGAAAAUUUAUGAGAAUUUGAGCAUUAUUGUAUACUGAAACGUUGCAUUAUGUGAAUAUAUGUAUUACUUUAUACUGAAUCGUGAGAGAAAAAGAUAUACGUCAACACAUGCGCAGGAAUUAACGAUGAAAUUAAGAGAGUUUGUCUUCGAAUUAAGAGUCCCAUUGGCGGUCUGUUUACAAAAGGAACGAAUGAUAUUUUAUGAUAUAUAUAUAUAUAUACGACAUACAUAUUACUGGUUAUCAAAUACGAAUGACUUUGCUCUCCAAAAUUCGCUUGGCUGCGGGGCUUCGAGGGAAAUUCACGCAACGCAAGCUUUUAGAGAGAUAUUUAUGUACCGGACAUUUUGGUGUCCCCUCCGACCGCACCGAAACCUGAAUCCAUUUUAGCGCCGUUAGUUGUUUACCUUCGAUUUCGAUGAUUUUGGGAUCCGUUCUAUCUGUUGGUGGGACUGCUUAUCGUUACUAUUAUUGUCAUUAUUAUAUAAUUAUUAUUUUUAUGAUUGUUCAUUAUUUCUAAAGACAAUUGUGAAAUCAUGAAUUUGAUUUCCCUUUUUGAAAGCUUCGUUGAUCUCUUUGUUUCUGAUAGAGUAAAAUAAUAAUGAUUAAAAAAAAAAAUCUAUAAAAAUAGAUAUAUACUAGAGAUACGGCCACUCUAGUCUGGCAACAAUAUAUAACGAGAUGGACUUUUACUUCAUAUUCUAUUGCACAAUGAUGAUUUUUUUCCUCCUAUACCACUGCUCAAGAAAAUAUUAGUUUAUAGAAACAAUUGAUUUGCAACUGACGUCUCUGUGGGAACGGCGCUCGAAGGGGAAAUAGUAAUAGAUAAAGAAAUAGAUAAAUGGAUGGAUGCAUAGGUACCAUGAACAAAAUCUUAUCAUUAGAUCUUCAAUUCCUUUUUUUUUAUAUAAACUUCAAUUUGGAAUCGUUUCGGGGGAAUGAUCACUUUCAAGCAGGUUCAGUAAAUAAUGACUUUAGAGAAAUCGAUGCAAAUUAAAAGAAAAAAAAAAAUCCACUUUGUUUUGGAAAUUGAAAAGAUUUUGCCGUUUAGCGAUCCACGAUAAAUAUCAGAAUAAAAAAAUUUGAUGAACACAUAUCAAAGCAUAUCAUUCACACUUAACCCUUAAGGAUACCUAAUCCCUCCAAAGCAUAAUCAAGUAUUUAAACAAAUUUAAACAAAAAAAAAGUUA